AUGUUGAUUCAAAUGAUUAGCUAUAUCUUCACCACUGGUAAUAAUCUCAUUCGGGGAAACCUUAAUUUCGUUUAUUUCUGUAUUCUUCGUAGGUUUACCAACUAGACUAUUCAGAACAGCCCAAGUACGUUUGGAAUCCCCAGAGCUUUCGCUUAACUUUGUUUGAUUAUACUGGCGCUUUAUUUCCUUAAUUCAUAGUUAGUUCUGUUACGAGCUAGCUGUCUUAUAAUUCAUCCAAUCAGCUUGACUAUUAGACCGAGCAACACGCUUUUUGAACAUAUCUCUUUCAUACAUCAACUUUUUGGCAGUUGCAUCUAUCCAGGGCGCUGGCUUAUUGCGGGUCCUAAUAAUUCUUUUAGGUGCAUGACUUUCAAUAAUAGAAAUAAAUAAUUCAUUCUAAGUGCACCAAGCUUGAUCCACAUCAUUGAACUUGUCAAUAUCAGGCCAAUCGGCAUCAGACAGAUCAUUUUUAAAUUUAAACUCAUCAAUUUUUUAUAAUUACGCGUCAAAAUAACCUUAGGUCUACUUCUUAGGUCUACCUACCUUCCGAGCUGAAUAAAUUAAAUAAUGAUCACUAAUAGACAAAGGAUAGACGCCUGAAUGAACAAUACUAUCUGUGUUGUUUGUUAGAAAUAAAUCAAUUAAGGAUGAAUGUUUCAUUAGUAAUUCGCGUGGGCUCAUCAAUUAAUUGAGACAAUUGAAAUGUUUGUAAAAUAUUUUCGAGGCGGGUAGUAUGACAUUCAGGUUGUUUGUUAUGAAAAUUACAAUUUAAAUCCCCAAUUACAUAAAUAUCAUCAAAUUCAUUGUCAACAUGCACAUGUAAGGAAAUCUUCAAAAAUGUCAAAACAUUCAAUUGCAGAAUUAGGAGGUCGAUACCACGCGGUAACGAGAAAGGCCUUAGAGUUUGGCUUUUUAAUACUCAAUGCUAUCAUUUCAAGUUCGAGCUUUUCUAAAUCUGUGCGAUGUUUGAAUUCUAUUGAUUUACGAAUAAAAACACAAACACCGCCACCAUUGCGAUUUCGAUCUCGGCGUAUUAAGUUAUAACCAUUUAUAUUUAUAUGAAAGUCAGGAAUUGACAUAUCAAGUCGAGACUCAUUAAUUGCCAAAAUAUCUAAUGGUUCAUUGGUCAUCAGAACUUUUAAUUCAUCCAAAUGUUUAGUCAAACUUGCAAUAUUUAAUGAACCCAUUUUGAAGCCACGAAUUUGGCUCAAAGUAUUUUGCAAGGGAAUUAGGUUAGCACUUUGAUCAAACUCUCUGCUGUCUAUGCACUCAAAAACUAUUAAGUGCUAAUUUAAAAUUACUUGCUAACAUAUAUAUAUAUACAUACAUAUAUAUAUAUAUAUAUAUAUAUAUAUAUAUAUAUGUAUUUGUUUGAAGUUUAAUAAAUUUUGUUUCCAACUUGAAUAUAUAUAUAUAUAUAUAUAUAUAUAUAUAUAUAUAUAUAUAUAUAUAUAUAUAUAUAUAUAUAUAUAUAUAUAUAUAUAUAUAUAUAGUACAAUCUGCAGACAUGCAUGUUUCGGCGUUCAACGCAUCGUCAGUGCAGCUUGGUACACGUCUAGAUUAACUUGCUCUCACCUAAGGAGACUUUAACUUGCUCUCACCAAAGCAUGUGGUACAACACGGUGACUCAAUGCAUCCAGACAUGCGCAGAGCGUAAUGGGGCCAGAGUGCUCAAACGACCACAAGGGAAGUGAGCUUUGCAUUAUCGCUAAUAGACACCCAUUAACAACUCCGCAGAGUGCUCAACAACACCGAAGUGAAGGAGCGUAAUAGUACAAUCUCCAGACAUGCAUGUUUCGGCGUUCAACGCCUCGUUGAAUAUAUAUAUAUAUAUAUAUAUAUAUAUAUAUAUAUAUAUAUAUAUAUAUAUAUAUAUAUAUAUAUAUAUAUAUAUAUAUAUAUAUAUAUACAGUUUAAAUAGUUGAAAUUAAGUGUACACAUGUAAUCUGAAGAAGGGGCUUGCCCCGAAACGUAAUAAAAAGUUGUUAUAUGAGCUCUGAUGCAUCAUUGAUUGAUUUAUAUAUAUAUAUAUAUAUAUAUAUAUAUAUAUAUAUAUAUAUAUAUAUAUAUAUAUAUAUAUAUAUAUAUAUAUAUAUAUAUAUAUAUAUACCACAGGUUUCUCUGGCGCGACUUUGAUUCAAGAAAAGAUCCAGAUCACUAUGAGUUUAAAAGACUCCUGUUUGGUAACAGGGCUUCCCCAUUCUGUGCACAACACGUUGUGCACACCCACGCGAAAGUUCACGCUGCAGAUUACCCUUAUGCUGCAGAAACUGUUGACAAUUCUAUGUAUGUGGCCGAUGCGUUAGACUCAUUUGAGACGGUAGACGAGGCUAUACAACUACGACAUGAGCUGUCAGAGUUGAGAAAAUGGUCAUCCAAUGAUUCCACCGUCCUGAACGACAUUCCGACAGAAGACCGUCUGCAGAGCUUUGAGAUCCAUGACACAGAGGAGUCCCCCAAGACAAAGACUCUCGGUAUACUGUGGGAAUCAACGAGCGAUGUUUUUACUUUCCGGGUCCAACCACCCAAUGUGGAUAUGAAGUUGACAAAAAGAAACGUUCUCAGCACUAUAGCGACUAUCUUUGACCCACUGCAGUUCUUAGCCCCCUUCACCUUACGUGCUAAGAUUUUGAUGCAGGAAAUCUGGAUAGCUGGAAUCGGUUGGGACGAUCUCCUUACAGACGGAUUGAUUUUCAAGUGGAGAAAAUGGGUCUCGGAACUACAUGAAUUAUCGCAGGUCACUAUUCCUCGAAGUCUUCGUCUACCCAGUUCUUCCCAAAUUCGAUUACACGUAUUUUCAGAUGCAUCAAAAGAAGCUUAUGCUACGGUAGCCUACUUAGUUUGUCGAUAUUCUGACGAGAGCACGACCUCGAGAAUUGUUGCGUCAAAAAGUAGAGUGACACCAACAAAAGCAGUGACGAUACCACGGCUAGAGCUCAUGGGUGCAGUUCUUUCCACUCGACUGGCAAAGAACAUUAGCAAGACCUUAGAAGUUGGAGAACCUAUAUUCUGGACUGACUCGACAAACGUGUUGUACUGGAUACGAAACCAAAGUCGUGAUUUCAAGCCGUUUGUAGCCAACCGAAUCGGUGAAAUUAACAGAUCCACUAACCCACAGCAGUGGAGACAUAUACCUGGAGAGUCGAAUCCAGCAGACCUGCCAACAAGAGGAUUGUCAGCCACUGCAGACCUAGCAAACAACAAAUUGUGGAAGAAGGGACCAGAAAUUCUACAACAAGACGAGUCAACAUGGCCCCCUCAAAUCCCCAACGAAGAAGUUCAGAGAAAUAUUGUCGAAGGCGAAAGACGAAAGGUUAACGUUACUCUCACAACAAGGGACAGUUCAAACCAAAGUCUCAUUGAUCCAAAUCGUUUCUCGAGCUUUCAAAGAUUAGUGCGCGUCACCGGAUGGGUUCGAUAUUUCCUGAGUAAUUGCAAACAGCCUAACGAAAACCGAGAAAAAAGUCGGACGCUCCGAGCACAAGAAUUACAGCAAGCAGAGACAUAUUGGCUUAAACGAACACAGAGCGAGGCGUUUCCCGAAGGUGUAAAAGAAAAGUACGUGUUUAAUUCAAUUAAAUCCAAAGAAAGACGAGAAUGGUUUAUUACGAUCUGACGGCCGAUUACGCAACGCCACUGACGUACCAUAUGGUGUUAGACACCCCCAUUUUAUUACCCAAAGAUUAUACUGUGACACGUCUGAUAAUUAUAAGUGCACACGAAAAUCUCGGACACGGUUCUGGUGUUGAACAUGUUCUAACUGAGCUGCGUGCCCGAUUCUGGAUAAUCAAAGGAAGACGAACUGUGCGAAAUACGAUUGAAAAGUGUCCUGGCUGUCGUAGACGAAUCACCGGAAAACCAACUACUCAAAUGAUGGCUCCGUUACCGAUGUCAAGAUUGCAAUGCCCCCUUCGAGCCUUUGAACGCGUUGGUGUGGAUUACGGCGGACCAUGUUUGACCAAACAGGGAAGAGGCAAGACAAGAGCGAAACGUUACCUGUGUCUAUUUACUUGACUUACUACACGGGCUGUACAUUUGGAAAUGGCGUAUUCCCUGGAUACAGAUUCCUUUAUAAACGCCUUUCCCAGGAUGGUAGCAAGGAGGGGGAAGCCGACAUACGUAGUUUCUGAUAACGGUACCAACUUUGUUGGAGCGGAACGAGAACUGCGAGAGUUAGUAGAAGCAUUUGAUCUAGAAAAAAUUACAAACAAGACAACACAAGAUUAUGCUAUGGAGUGGAAGUUCAAUCCACCAUCGGCCCCACACUUCGGUGGUGUAUUUGAGGCAAUUAUGAUCAAGAGUGCUAAAAAAGCCAUAAAAGGUAUUCUUGGUAAUGCGGACAUUACCGACGAGGAACUUCAUACUGCCAUUUGCGAUGCAGAACGUUUAUUAAACUCACGACCAAUCACCUUCAUCAGUUCAGAUCCUGAUGAUCUUUCCCCGUUGACCCCGAGUCAUUUCCUUAUCGGACAGUUGGGAAGAAACUUUAUCCUAUACCAUCACAGGAUGCUUACUUAAAGAAUUUGAUUGAAAAAGUGGAAAGCGUAACAAAACGUAUGAGAUGGAAAGCUAAUUUCUUCCUAAAAGGAUCAACGACUCAAAACCAAAGCAACCUUUUCGGCCUUUCGUCUAACAAAUCGCCUCCUUCAAUUCCACUUUUGAAACCUUUCGAAGACGACCUGAUAAAACUAAUUGAAAACGUAAAAUUCCGGCGUCCUAAAGACCAAUUUCAGACAUCUUUGGCUAACGAUUUGAAGAAAAUUAAUUCAUCCCCCAACAUUUUCAUUUUCGCGGACAAAACUAGAAACAUUUACGAAACGUCACUGAACACAUACAACGAACUCUUACAUGACAACAUCACGAAAACGUACAAACAUGGAUCAGAGGACUUCAUACAUGAAAUUGACUCCGAAUUGAAAGAAAUUUCGAGUAGGUUAGGAAUUGGCGACAGAAUUGAACGAAUGAAAAAACGCGAAGCAUUUAUAUCUUUAAAAGAUCACAAAGAAAAUUUCGAAAACAAUCCAAAAUGCCGACUAAUUAAUCCCGCAAAAAGCGAAUCCGGAAAACUAAGUAAGGUUAUUUUAGAUAAAAUCAAUUCCAGUUUGAGACAAAAACUAAAUUCAAAUCAAUGGAGAAAUACGCAACAAGUAAUUUCAUGGUUUGGCAAUAUAAACGAUAAAGACAGGCACAGUUUUAUUUCAUUUGAUAUUGUGGAUUUUUACCCAUCCAUUUCCGAAAAACUUUUAAAUGAAGCAUUGGCCUGGGCUUCGGAUUUGACUACUAUUACCGAAAAUGAUAUUUCAAUAAUAAAACAUGCAAGAAAAUCUCUACUUUUCGGCAACGGCAAAUUAUGGACAAAAAAAGACGGAAACAACAGUUUAUUUGACGUCACUAUGGGUAGUUUCGACGGCGCUGAAAUUUGUGAGCUGGUAGGCCUUUUCAUUUUAAAUCGCUUAGGUAAGAGGUUUGGCAAGGAAAACAUCGACCUUUAUAGAGAUGAUGGUUUGGCUAUUAUAAAAAGCAAAUCCGCCCGUUUACUAGACAAAACUAGAAAAGAGCUACACAAAAUUUUCGAGCAAUUUGACCUGAAAAUCACCGCCGAAGUAAAUAUGAACGUUGUAAAUUUUUUGGAUGUUACUUUCGACCUGAUCAACGAAAAACACAAACCAUACAGGAAACCCAAUGACGAUCCAUUGUACAUCAACAGACACUCAAACCAUCCACCAAGCAUUACAAGACAAUUACCUACAGCUAUCAACAAACGCAUUGCACUUCUCUCAUCGGACGAACAAACAUUUAAGGAAUCUACACCUAUUUACCAGAACGCUCUUAGACAUAGUAACUUUGAUCAUGAAUUUACGUACACUCAGGAUGCACCGCAACGGACACGUAGGAAUAGGCAACGCAACAUAAUUUGGUUCAACCCACCAUUUAGUAAGAGUGUUAACACGAACAUAGGACGGGAAUUCUUAAGUUUAAUUGACAAACACUUCCCACUACAGCACAAACUACACAAGAUUUUUAACAGAAACACUUUAAAAGUAAGCUACAGUUGCAUGAACAACGUUAAGUCUAUAAUCACCAAACACAACGCACAUAUAAUUAGGAACAGUCAAUCACAGAAUACGGAAACUGACAACUGUAACUGCGACAACAAAAACACUUGCCCACUACCGAAACAAUGUAUGACCAACAACAUUAUUUACAAAGCAACAGUCACAACGAACAACACGAACGACACUAAACACUACAUUGGUAUGACAGCGACUACAUUUAAGGAACGUUACGCUAACCACACUUCAUCUUUUCGUCAUAAAAAAGACUCAAACAAAACGGAACUUUCGAAACAUAUUUGGAAAUUAAAAGAAAACAAUCAGGAUUAUACCAUCAAAUGGUCAAUUUUAAAACACGCUAUUUCGUACACAGGGGGAUCAAAACGCUGCAAUUUAUGUUUGGAAGAAAAAUUUUGCAUUUUGAAAGACAUAAACAAAGACAAUUUACUCAAUAAAAGAAGCGAAAUUUUCGGCAAAAUGUCGUCACAAAAACCGGUUUCGAGUAAACAAGGUCGUUAACAAAACCUAAUGACCCAAGCAUGCAUUGUUUCACCUAAGCAUUGUUUCGCCUACACGCAUUCCGCACAUUCUUUCGAUAGCAUAAAAGCAACCUACAAUUUCGAAAUUAUUCACCACCUGAUGAUUCCUAUACGGAUGAAACAGACUGUUGUGGUUUUUUGAGGUAAAACGAAAAACUAUAUUACGCUCUAUCUAUAUGGUAUUGAGCACUGUUUGUGUUUCGUAAACCAAAAUCUUAAGCUAUAUUUGCACCCGGUAAUCGGUUGUGCACUCUGUCUAUCGUUAUUUGUGACGAUUGAGCAUCUAAUUAGCUAUUCGCAACAGUUUAUAUUAACUCCAUCAUAUGUAUAAAUAGCAAGUGGGCGUGAUUAAAAGUUGUUGUUGUGCUUAUGGCGUAUGAAUAGUAUUAAACUUUACAUGGUGUCAGGAAAAUGGAUACUUUACGACCCCCAAAUUCGCUUUCGUUCGAAGGCAACGUCUCUGAGAAUUGGCGUCGCUGGAUACAACAAUUUCGUCUGUAUUUGAAUGCUACUGGUCGCGAUAGAAAACCGGAAAAAGUUCAGUGUUCAACCUUGUUGACAGUCGCUGGCGAAGACGCUGUUGAAAUCUACAAUACAUUCACUUUCGCUAGUGGGGAAACAGAUAAAAUAGAGCCUUUAAUAUCCAAGUUUCAAGCGUAUUGUAUCCCGAAAAAGAACAUAACUUUUGAACGUCAUGUAUUUAACACAAGGAAUCAACGAAGCGACGAAAAUGUGGAAAGUUACGUUACUGAUCUACGGAAACUUGCCAAAACAUGCGAGUUUGGCGAACUUCGUGACUCGCUUAUUCGAGAUCGCAUCGUCUGUGGAAUAUACAGCGAUGAAGUGAGAGCCAGGCUGCUUCGAGACCCGGAAUUGACGCUUACUAAGGCCGUAGAUACAUGCCGAACAUCCGAGCUAAGUAAAAGCCAUCUUAAAAGUAUUGUUGAGAGUCAAACGGCUCAAUUCGUGAAUGCAGUGGAAACCCCGCAAUCGAGCCGUGAUCAAGCCCAGCAAAAUAUAAAUGCCAAGAGUGAAUCGCGUAACAAUAACAACAAACCUGAUCGUCGAAGACCAAACCCGCCCAACUCACGGACUACAGAGGUAGAGGCCUCGGAAUGCCCUAAUUGUGGAAUUAAACACGAGCCCCGAAAGUGUCCUGCUUAUGGACAAGAGUGUCGAAAAUGUCAUAAACGCAAUCAUUACGCCAGAAAGUGUCGUAUGUCACAGCGAUCAUCGCGAGUAAACACGCUUGAAGAGACCCCAGAAGUCGACAAUGAUUUGUUUAUUGGAACGGUCAACACCGAAUUGAAAGGAGACACAACUGACUGGAAUAUAACCCUUGACAUCAACGAAACACAAGUGAAGUUGAAACUUGACACUGGUGCACAAUGUAAUGUCUUGCCUUUGUCGACCUACGAACAGCUCACCGCAGAAAAGUUGGGGAAAUCGCGUACCAAGUUGAUAUCGUAUUCUGGACAUAGAAUUUUAACAGUUGGAAAGAAUACUGUGAUAAUUUCGCACAAAGAAAAAUUUUACCCCACAGAAUUUCAAGUGAUCGAUCAAGAAGGAGCUGUUCCGAUCCUCGGUUUACCAUCAUGUCUUGAAAUGGGGUUGGUGCAACGAAUUUCUACAGUUCACCCAAGCAAUGACACAGAUCAACCAGAUAAUAAUACAGCAUCGUGUGGAGAUAGUACACCACCGUCCGAGCCACAGUCAACAGCGGUAGAGCCUAAAUGUAAACCACGCACUAACCAACCUGCAGAAGAAAUGAAAACAGAGGCGGCAAAGAUAAUUGAUGAGUACACGGACGUCUUCCAAGGUCUUGGUUGCCUCGAUGGAGAUUACCACAUCAAAGUAGACCCCUCGGUUCCACCAGUUGUAUAUCCAGCACGCAAGAUACCGUUUGCUAUAAAAGACAAGUUUAAAGACGAACUGUGUCGAAUGGAAAAAUCGGAGCCAUUACCAAAGUUACGGAGCCCUCAGAGUGGGUGAAUUCAAUUGUUGUUACAGAAAAGAAGAAUGGAAAUCUACGGAUCUGCCUCGACCCAAGAGCUUUGAAUAAAGCAGUACAACGAGAGCACUACCCCAUGAAAACCGUGGAAGAAGUAGCAGCUGAAUUGGAGGGAGCAACAGUCUUUAGUACCUUAGAUGCCUCAUCUGGAUUUUGGCAUAUCAAACUGGAUGAGGAGAGCUCCAAAUUGACCACCUUUAAUACACCAUUUGGGCGGUAUCGGUUUCUUCGCCUACCCUUUGGACUGAACUCUGCACCUGAGGUAUUCCAGCGCCGAAUGAGUCAAGCCUUUGACGAUAUUGAUGGAACAAGUAUUAUUAUGGAUGAUAUCCUUAUCUGGGGAAAGGAAGUCGCACAACAUGACCACCGCUUGAGGCAAGUACUUCAGAGAGCUCGUGACAUUAAUUUGAAACUAAACCCAGAAAAGUCUAGCAUACAAACAAAUGAAGUCAUUUACAUAGGACACAUAUUUAGUAAAAUAGGAGUCAAACCGGACCCAAUGAAAGUCCAAGCUAUCACAGAAAUGCAAGCACCACAAGACAAGAAAGAACUUCUCCGAUUCAUGGGUAUGGUAAACUACUUGGGUAAGUUCAUUCCCAACUUGUCUAACAUCACCCAACCGCUGCGAGAGUUACUGCAAAAAGAGACUGCUUGGCACUGGAUUGAUACCCAUGAACGGGCUUUCAACGAAAUAAAGAAAAGAAUAACUCAUGAGAAAAUACUCAAGUAUUACGAAGUUACCAAACCAGUGACCAUAUCAGGUGAUUCAUCUUCCUACGGUUUGGGUGCUUGUCUGAUGCAAGAUGGGCGCCCUAUUUCGUAUGCUUCGCGUUCACUAAACAAGUCCGAAAAGAACUAUGCUCAGAUAGAAAAAGAACUUUUGGCCAUAGUUUUUGGAUGCACCAAAUUUCACCAGUAUAUUUAUGGCAAACCAGUGACGAUUGAGACUGACCAUAAGCCCUUGGAGUACUUGUUCCGAAAACCACUUACCGCAGCGCCACCAAGACUACAGCGUAUGAUGCUAACACUGCAAAAAUAUGACUUGCAUGUCGUAUACAAGCCAGGAAAAAGCCUGUACAUAGCCGAUACUCUGAGCAGGGCUCCUGGAACACUUUCAGCGCCAGACGUAGAUGACCUUUACCAAGUACACACCGUCCAACAUUUACCAGUGUCACCCCAACGGUUAGAGCAGUUCCAUGCCGAAACUACAGCUGACUCAGUUCUUCAGAAAUUACAGUACACCGCGCAUGUUGGUUGGCCAAGUGAUAAGUCGGCUGUGGAUCCUGAAAUUCGCGAAUAUUGGCCCAUUCGAGACGAAAUAAGCACCCAGGACGGAUUCCUGUUACGAGGAGAACGACUAAUAGUGCCUACAUCAUUACGGCGAGAAAUGUUGAGUAUAAUUCAUGGUAAUCAUCUUGGUAUUGAGAAGUGCAAGCAAAGGGCUCGUGAUGUGCUCUACUGGCCAGGAAUGAACGAACAAAUCGAAAAUCUUGUGAAACGAUGUGAGACUUGUCAAACCUUCAGAAGCUGUCAACGAAAAGAACCAAUGAAAGGACACACAAUACCAGACCGCCCAUGGCAGAAAGUGGCUUUAGACCUUUUCGAGCUCCAGAACGAAAACUACUUUGUGCUUACGGACUAUUUCUCUAAAUUCUUUGAGGUCACAAAACUUUCCAGCACAACAAGUGCGUCAAUCAUCAAGCAUCUUAAACCACACUUUGCCAGAUAUGGAAUCCCAGAGGAACUCAUCAGUGACAACGGCCCUCAACUUAGCAGCGCAGAAUUUGCUAACUUUGCCAAGACCUAUCAUUUCAAGCACACUACGUCCUCGCCAUAUUAUCCACAAUCUAAUGGUUUAGCGGAACGAACCGUUCAAACAGCUAAGCAUAUCCUGCUGAAGGCAAAAAAGAAUGGAAAUGAUCCCAACAUCGCGUUUUUAGACUACCGUAACACACCAAUUUCUGGUGUUGGUGAAUCGCCGGUUCAGAUGAUGAUGGGACGUAGAACUAGGACACUACUGCCUACCAGUGCAAAGUUAUUACAACCAAAGUAUAGCACCCACAACCUCAAAUCUUCCCUAGAGAAGAUACAGACAAAGCAAAAACACUAUUAUGAUCAUGGUACAAGACCCCUAGAGCCACUUAAGUCUGGAGAAGGAGUACGUCUAAGAGAUACAAUCACGGGGAACUGGAUUCCCGCAACAGUAAAACGUAUCGCGGAUGAGCCAAGAUCAUACAUCGUAGAGUCGAAUGGGCAAGAAUAUCGAAGGAACAGAAGAGACCUGCUGAAACUACCAACAAAGGGAAGCAAAGACAAUGAUACUACGCAGCAGCGAGUUGAAUCGAAACACUCAAGUCAGGAGUCUCAUCCACGGGGAUCAGUCACCACCAGGCUGGGUCGCACUAUCAAGCCACCUGUUAAGCUGGGAUUCUCAUGAGAUAAGUACACUUAUGACAAUUUUAUUAUUUGAGAUGUUGACAUUUUACUUAUAGUUCACAUUGUAGAUUGAGUCGCUGUUAGUGAACUCUUUAGAAAACUGAAAGCAUGCAGUAUCUUGCUGCAUAAUUAACAUGUUUAUGAGACUUCAUUUUGUCAAACUUAGAAAGGGAGAUGUGAUGAUUGAGCAUCUAAUUAGCUAUUCGCAACAGUUUAUAUUAACUCCAUCAUAUGUAUAAAUAGCAAGUGGGCGUGAUUAAAAGUUGUUGUUGUGCUUAUGGCGUAUGAAUAGUAUUAAACUUUACAAUACGCAUGUGUAAUACAAUGUUGAAAAGUUUCUGAAACGUUCUCUGAUCGUAAAUUUUUAUCUAAAACACGAGCUUUGGACUGCCAGUCUGCGGUCUUCGACAGGUGAAGUGAUAUUAAAUCAUAUAAACUAUUCUGCGGAUGUAACUACAAGAACAGUGGUUUACAAUUACAAUUACAACUAUAAUGACAUGCAAUAAACAAUGAGUAGUUCCGCCAACGUAAACUCUAGUGAAACGAGUAUACUUAUAAAUAUAAAACUAUGUCUAUGAUCUGCUCUUUUUUAAAAAAAAUCUAUACUGUUCUGGUAAAUGUUGCGCAUUGUUGUCAGAAUUGACUGUGGUUGCUGUAUGCCAGGACUCCAAUGUUGCUCUGUGUCGAUAGGUUGCCUUGUCUAAGAUUUCGCGCUCAUCAAAGUUGAUUUUAUGAUCCUGAGUCCAAGCAUGUUUUGCUACGUUUGAGCCGGAUUUAGAUUGUUUCACAAUGUUCCACAAUGUCACAUUGUUUUGCUAUGUUUGAGCCGGAUUUAGAUUGUUUUACAUAAAAAUCGUAUUGAUUUUUAUUAAAAAAGAGCAGAUCAUAGACAUAGUUUUAUAUUUAUAAGUAUACUCGUUUCACUAGAGUUUACGUAGGCGGAACUACUCAUUGUUUAUUGCAUGUCAUUAUAGUUGUAAUUGUAAUUGUAAACCACGUACUGUCCUUGUAGUUACAUCCGUAGAAUAGUUUAUGUGAUUUAAUAUCACUUUACCUGUCGAAGACUGCAGACUGGCAGUCGAAAGCUCGUGUUUUAAAUAAAAAUUUACGAUCAGAGAACGUUUCAGAAACUUUAUUAUGAAUCCUGGUCGCGCAUCUAGCAUUUUUAACAAUGUUGAAAGUUUAAUUUUGUUGCUUUUAAAUUUAGAAUGUUUUGGUAGCUCUCGGAAAUUCUCUAGUCAAAUGCACCAAGCGUAAGUAAAAAGCAACUUUCCCCAUAUUUUCACGACCCACCUUUUUUCGACCCUCCACAUCUUGUUUCGACCCUCGACAUUUUCUUCGAUCCUCGACUUUCUAUUUUCGCCCUUCAGUCUAUUACCCUCUACCCUCGAGCACAUACAUGUCCAAUACUAACGCAAAUGUCCAAUGGACAUAUGAAAUGUCCAUUGGGCAUAUGACUGUCCAUUGGAUCCAAUGGACAACUCAAAUGUCCAUUGGACAUGUGCAUGUCCAAUGGACAUAUCGAAUGGCCAUUGGGUAUUCGAGUGUCAAUUGGAUCCAAUUAUGGACUAAACCGGACUUUGUAACUACCGGGAAAGGGCAUCUUGGAUAUACUGAAUGAGUAUAAUGUCCAUUGGUCCAUUGGAUCCAAUGGACAUUUGGAAUGUCCAAUGGACAUAUGAAAUGUCCAUUGGACAUUUGACGACCAAGGAAUGUUCAUCAAUUGAAUAUAUAUAGCUACUUCUCAAUGCUUCCUUGUGUAUUAUAUUAUAUUAAAACCGACUGUUAUAUUAUGUUGCUUUGUUCCUAAGAAAGCACGCAAUAUAUCAACAUAAUAUGUUGUUGCUUCUUUCUUAAGGAACGACGCAAUAUAUCAAUAUAUUAUGUUGCUUUGUUCCCAAGAAACCACGCCAUAUAUCAAUUUAAUAUGUUGUUGCCUCGUUCUUAAGAAACGACGCAAUAUAUCAAUAUAUAUUAUGUUGCUUUGUUCCAAAGAAAGCACGCAAUAUAUCAACAUAAUAUAUUAUUGCUUCUUUCUUAAGGAACGACGCAAUAUACCAAUAUAUUAUGUUGCUUUGUUCCUCAAGAAAGCACGCAAUAUAUCAAUAUAAUAUGUUGUUGCUUCGUUCUUAAGGAACGACGCAAUAUAUUAAUAUAUUAUGUUGCGCAGGUCAUAUAUCAAUUUAAUAUGUUGUUGCCUCGUUCUUAAGGAACGACGCAAUAUAUCAAUAUAUAGCCUAUUAUGUUGCUUUGUUCCUAGGAAAGCAUGCAAUAUAUCAACAUAAUAUGUUAUUGCUUCUUUCUUAUAAGGAACGACGCAAUAUAUCAAUAUAUUAUGUUGCUUUGUUCCUAAGAAAGCACGCAAUAUAUCAACAUAAUAUGUUGUUGCCUCGUUCUUAAGGAACGAAGCAAUAUAUCAAUAUAUUAUGUUGCUUUGUUUCUAACAAACCACGCCAUAUAUCAAUUUAAUAUGUUGUUGCCUCGUUCUUAAGGAACGACGCAAUAUAUCAAUAUAUAUUAUGUUGCUUUGUUCCUAAGAAAGCACGCAAUAUAUCGACAUAAUAUAUUAUUGCUUCUUUCUUAAGGAACGACGCAACUUACCAAUAUAUUAUGUUGCUUUGUUCCUAAGAAAGCACGCAAUAUAUCAAUAUAAUAUGUUGUUGCUUCGUUCUUAAGGAACGACGCAAUAUAUCAAUAUAUUAUGUUGCUUUGUUCCUCAUACACGCAAUAUAUCAAUAUAUUAUGUUGCGCAGGCCAUAUAUCAAUUUAAUAGGCUAUGUUGUUGCCUCGUUCUUAAGGAACGACGCAAUAUAUCAAUAUAUUAUGUUGCUUUGUUCCUAAGAAAGCACGCAAUAUAUCAACAUAAUAUAGGCUAUUAUUGCUUCUUUCUUAAGGAACGACGCAAUAUAUCAAUAUAUUAUGUUGCUUUGUUCCUAAGAAAGCACGCAAUAUAUCAACAUAAUAUGUUGCUGCUUCGUUCUUAAGGAACAACGCAAUAUAUCAAUAUAUUAUGUUGCUUUGUUCCUCAUACACGCAAUAUAUCAAUAUAUUAUGUUGCGCAGGCCAUAUAUCAAUUUAAUAUGUUGUUGCUUCGUUCUUAAGGAACGACGCAAUAUAUCAAUAUAUUAUGUUGCUUUGUUCCUAACCAACCACGCCAUAUAUCAAUUUAAUAUGUUGUUGCCUCGUCCUUAAGGAACGACGCAAUAUAUCAAUAGUAUGUUGCUUUGUUCCUAAGAAAGCACGCAAUAUAUCAAUAUAAUAUGUUGUUGCUUCGUUCUUAAGGAACGACGCAAUAUAUCAAUAUAUUAUGUUGCUUUGUUCCUAAGAAAGUACGCAAUAUAUCAAUAUAAUAUGUUGUUGCUUCGUUCUUAAGGAACGACGCAUUUAAUAUAUCAAUAUAUUAUGUUGCUUUGUUCCUCAUACACGCAAUAUAUCAAUAUAUUAUGUUGCGUAGGCCAUAUAUCUAUUUAAUAUGUUGUUGCUUCGUUCUUAUAAGGAACGACGCAAUAUAUCAAUAUAUUAUGUUGCUUUGUUCCUAAGAAAGCACGCAAUAUAUCAACAUAAUAUGUUGUUGCUUCAUUCUUAAGGAACGACGCAAUAUAUCAAUAUAUUAUGUUGCUUUGUUCCUAACAAACCACGCCAUAUAUCAAUAUAAUAUGUUGUUGCCUCGUUCUUAAGGAACGACGCAAUAUAUCAAUACAUUAUGUUGCUUUGUUCCUAAGAAACCACGCCAUAUAUCAAUAUAAUAUGUUGUUGCUUCGUUCUUAACAACCACGCAAUAGGCUAUAUCAAUAUAUUAUAUUCCCUUGCGGUCACCUCAUGAAUGACUUCAGUACACAGUUUAUUAGUUGAUGUUUUGCAGGUACACUCGAUCAGUAAUCACCAAUCAGGUAUAGGCUAGUUUCAACUCAGGAAAAUUAUCCGUGGAUUUGAACGCACAAGAAAAUUUUUCUUUGUGUUGUGAGGUCUGGGUUAUAGAUCGAACUAAUGACUUCAACACAAAGAGAAAUUUUCUUGCACGUUCCAAGCCAUGCAUAUAAUUUUCCUGAGUGGAAAGUACCUUCAAUUAACUCGAUAAGUAAUCACACCUGAACAAACACGCAAAAUAAAGCGAUUUCAACGGUUAUUUUUUAGCCCGGGCUGAAAUUAAUUGCGAUUACUGUACAUGCUGCCUGGCUGAAACUCAGGCCGGGCUGAAAUUUCAGCUCAGACCCGGCUGAAAAUUCAGCCCGGGAUUGGAAUUUUGGUCAUGUAAUCCCUUGCUCCGUUUUAAUAGGAUUUUAUCCUUACGACUAAAUCCGCUAGCGAAUAUGGACCGGGGAGUCUAUAUCCUCUAGCGAAUAUGGACCUAUGGGGGUCUUUAUUCGCUAGCCGAUUUGGACUCUCCUCGCGAAUUUUGACCCCUCGCGUAUAUUUGUAAUUGCAACGUAUCGUAUUUUGAAUAUUGUACUAAAACCGUUUUAAAUGUCAUAAAUCUCAUCUGAUUUAUUUUAAUAACCGUACGAAGAUUUUUAGACGAUCAAAUCUUAGAUUUUUAGAUUGGACAAUUCCGUCAAAGUUUAUGACUUAUAAUUUUUUGGUACAUGUACUUUAUUUCUAUGAUCUUGGAAUGUGCGAGAACUGAGAAGCGCAUGAAGCCUUCACAAGUUUUUACUCCUUGGAAUUGCUAUCUGCUCUGACUCUUAAGGCUACCUUCCACUCAGGAUAAUUAUCCGUGGAUUGGAACGGACAAGUGUUUGUGUUAAAGUCAUUAGUUCCAACCCAGAGCUCACAAGACAAAGAAAAAUUUUCUUGUCCGUUCCAAUCCAUGCAUAAUUUUCCUGAGUGGAAACUAGUCUUUAAAUGCUCAAAUAAAAACGGAUAUGAUAAGAUAUACCAAAUCCACUGUGACACCGGGAAACCUGGAUAAAACACAGCCCGGAAAACUCGAUCAAAACAAAAACUCAAAACUCGAUCUCAAAUCAAAACAAAUCGGAACAAAAUCAAAUGAAAUCGAGUCAAAACUCGAUCUCCAUGUAAUCAUGAGCCCCUUUCAAAAUCACAUUGUCCACUAUAUAUAUUAAAACUUAUGGAAAUUAAGCGUUACACGUUUACGCUUAUGUCAUAUUUGUUUCUUUCUACAUUUCGUGCAAAAAAAGAUCAUCUGCAUGCAUAACGUCAAUUUUCCACUUCGCGUUUUCGGCGUAAAAAUGUUCUUUGCAUAAUUUUUUUCCUAUUCCUAUUCGAGGGAUUACCGUGCCCCAACAGUCACUGAAAAUCAUUAACUUAUGCUAGAAAUUUCAUCGACGUAAGUAAAGAAGAACCAAACACACUCACGAAGACAAAAUCGUUCGCCAAAUUUUCGUCCACGGCUUGCGAAAACGUUAACACUGUAAGUUGAAACUCGACUUUACUAUAUAGGCACACACUUUAAGCAUCACGGUAACAACACGUUUGAACUAUGUUCACGAUCUUCGGUAGUACUCACAUACAUUGUAUCUCAUAAGAAAAAAUAUAUAUACGCACAUGAGAGAAAAAUAAAGGUCCACCCGUAUUCUAAAAGCUCACUCACACUUAAUGAGUGGAGAUUCAAUCUCAGCUUCUCUUGACUGUCAAUGCUGUUUUUCAAUAGCUAUAGAGGAUUGGUGUCGUACUAUGUGGAGAACAUACGAAUAUAUGUAAUUAUGUGCGUAUAAUGUUGCUACUUAAUUUCAAGUUUAAAUCUCAUUUGCGUGGCGUGGUUAUCCCCCGUCCAACGUUUUUAGUUCAGGAUAAACUUUAACUCGAGUUCGACCAGAAAAUUUUUUUACCCUUUUUUAAUAUCUGGAAAAAAAGUUUUAACCCGCCUUUCCCAAUCUUUUUUGGGGGAAAAGGGCCCCCGAAACAAAAAUUUGCCCCGGGCCUCCGAAUUUCUCUGAUAGGUAAUCACCAUUUUAUAUGGAAAUAAUUAUAAGUGGAUGGCAUUACGAUUUCAUAGUAGCAAUGUGAUGACUCCCGGUGUCAGUGACGGAGUCGGAGUAAUUAUUCAAGACAAUAAAUAUUAUUAUAAAACCUUUAACCACUGCUGCGAACAUUGAUUUUUAUAGCUUCGGCCUUCGCAUAGCCUGCUCGCCUUCCGAGGGGCCCGCCGCGGCGUUCGAAAGCGUAAGAGAUUUUGAAAUUAGGUGGUCUCACAAACUAUUAAUCAAAUAUGAUCUUUUGAAGCCCAAGGUUGUGACUAUUCCAACAAAAGUAGCUAUAUCGGCCUUUACGCGUCGCCAAAACAAACACAUCCGCUACACGGAACAGGUGACGAUGGAUGUGCCAAAUCCCAUAUCAAAUGGCAUGCAUGCUUUAAAACAAUUCAUGUCAACCGGAUGGCAAUCGAAUGCGGGCAAUGCCAAAAAAUGGCAAUUUUAAUUCAGUUAUAAUUUGUAAUUAUUAAACAUAAUUAUCUAUAGUUAAAUUAAUUAAACAGUAAGCACACAAAUAAAUGUGAAACAGAGUUUCAUAUCUUAUAAGUUACAAAAUUAAUUUACCUACUGUAUAAUAAUUUUAACAUUCAGCACUAAAAUUAACUCUGAACAGCAUGCGUCUUAAUUAUGCGGGUUAUGAGUUACACUCAUAAGGGCAUUCUUCGCUACACUUUUCAUAAUCGCGAUUAACGUAACUGGCAACCGACGCGUUUAAAAGUAUUUCGCUUCUCAGACGAUUCCUUACUAAAGAAACACCAGUCCUGAAAUAGUUUUAAAUAAACGCGUAUGUUUAUAGUCGCACAGAGAAUUGUCAGAACAAACCCACUGAUUAUUGGAUAUUCAAUAUCUUAUAUUUCACUAAAAAAUAAGUGAAUGUUUAAUCAAUGUUUGUAAAUCGGAUAAAGACUCAGUCCUAAUUUACAUAAACUUUACCUUAAUUUGAUUCUUGCGCCUUAGACAAUGUCUAUUUUUAAAAUUACUUCGUCAAUUAACUCAUAAGAUAAGAUGGGUCGUUAUUUAAGCACUUGUAUAAUCUUUAUUCAUAGUCAAAAUACCAAUACAGGCACAUAUGAAAUUACAUACAAUAAAAGAUACAAAGCGUAUCUAUAUGUGAUAGUUGUUAUAAGAUAUAAGAUUAUAAAAAGUGCAUUAACAUUUUUUAUAUCAUGAAUGAAGAUAUGCAUGAUUACAUAAAGCACUGAUUAUCAUAUAAUAGAAGAAUAUCAUGAAAAUAUUUUGCUACUAUUUUCAUGAUAGAUUUAUCAUGUAUAUUAAAAAUAUAAAAGAAUAAAUUAUUUGUACCAAAUAGGCGGAAAGAACUAUUGAUACCAUAUAACUCGUUUAAAAAAAUAUUUCGAGUUUCUGAAAUUUUUUGGUUGGAGCAUGAUAAUAAGUAGUGAAAUUCAUCUCCAAUUUCACUCGAUUGACAUAAGGUACAAAACCGAUCUUCGUAUGGUGUUUUGGUAUAUCUUCCAGAUUCAACCGGUAGUUUGUGCGCAGAUAUUCUCAUUUUUGUUAUUGCUUGGCGAUGCUUAACAUUGCAUAUUUCAUGAAGGUAUUCUUCAAAUACAAAAAUAUUCUUAACUUGUACUAGAGUUCUUAAUUUACCACUGUGACGACUUUGUUCAAUCUGAUCUUUCCAAAAACGAGUAAAAUAAGUAGAUAAUCUAUUUUUUAGAUAUGUACCUACAUUAUGUAAACUUUCAAGUGGGAGAGAAAUACCGUUUAGUGAACCCAGAUCACAUAGUUUUAAUAUAUGGGUUGUAAAAUUAACUGCCUGAGUAUUCGCUCGAAUAUUAAAACUCGCUGCCUCUCCUACAAGAGUAUUCAUAUAAUUCGGAUCUUUAAUUCGUAUCCAAUACUUUGUCACUAGAGUAGAGAUCUGUACUAUUAGAGGGACUCUACCUAGUUCACCGUAUACUGCUAGAUUUGUACUUUUCGAGUGAACUCCGAGUAUACGUUUAAAAAAUUUCAACUGAAGUGAUUCCAUUUUAUUCACCACACUGAAAAAUCUCUUUUGGAAAAGUUCAAACGAAGAAAUUUUACCCAGUAAACAUAAACCCCAGAUUUCACAACCAUAUAAUAAAACUGGAACCACUACCGAAUAGAAUACGUAGUUUCAGUAAUGUUUUAAUCGGUAUAUUCUCUACAUUUGAAAGUUUCUGCAUUAGGCAAUUGUAAGCUCGUAAUGCCUUGUUGUAUAACAUUGUUGUCGCUAUCUUAAAGUUACCACCACAAUGAAAAGUUAAUCCCAAAUACGUAUAUUCGUUCACACAAUCCAGUGGAUUGUCCCCGAAGAACCACUUGGUGGAGAUAAAUUGUCGUCUUUGAUACUGUGUCCCGAAAAUCAGAAUUUUUGUUUUUUUUAGAUUAACUUGUAAUUUCCAUUUCUUAGUAUAUAGUUCAAGUUUUUGAAGGCAGCAUUGUAACCCAGAUUCCGAUUCUGACAUUAUCACCAAGUCGUCGGCAUACAGCAAACAACUCAACUCAGUGUCUCCGAACUUCACAGGUUCACAAGUAGUAUUAAAUAAAUUAGGUAUAUCGUUGAUGAAGAGGUUGAACAAUGUUGGACUUAGGUUACAUCCUUGUUUUACUCCAACAUGAGAUUGAAAGAAUGGUGUGACACCUUGUUCAAGCUUAACCGCUGAUUUAACAGAGGAAUACAUGUUCA